UGUGCGUACAUCAAGUGGGUGUAGAUGUUGCUUGAUCGUGGGCAAUCCUCCCCCGCAAUAAAUACUUGGGGGUGGGAUUUGGGGUCUUGGCUCCUCGUCUUCCUCCGCAAAAUUUUCGAGUGUUGUAUGCAAACGAAGUACAUGUACGUACGCGAGGUUCAUGGUGUGUUUGCUUCGUCGUGUGGUCUAGUCCCAACGCCGUAGUAGGCGUCGUUCAGAAGUCAGUUUUGGGCUAACGUGGCCAGGCCACGCCGCAACUACAACAACUACAGUGUGUAUGUCGGCGCUCGCGUACACGUUGUUGUUCCAUGAAGUCGAACUACUGCUGUUACAUGUGUAGCGCGAAGAUACGGUUGUGAAGAGUGAAGAGUUCGUGCGAGUUGAAAGGAAGGGCGGCAGCCAGAAGAUUUGCCUUUGCUAUUUCUCUUGUGUGUUCUGCCCGUGCAUUUGCACCUUGGUCGUUGGCAUUGCAAGCCAUACCUUGUCAGGUGGUUUUGUUAUUUGUUCGGAUCGGCAGAGGGAAAGAGGUGACUUGCCGCUGCUUUCGUUCUUUUUUUUUUCUCUUCUGGUGCCUGGAUUGAGUCGGGGCCGACAAAGUUAGUUGAAUAAUAGGCAGGGCUGUAAGGUUGCUCUACCUCAGCAGGCGCAAAAAAUGAAGCAGACUCCAUCAAUGUGCAGUAGUAUGGGUCUUCCAUCUGUCUCUACGGCUGCUUCGUACACAGGGCGUACACAACGCUUUUUUCCCGAUCGUUGGGAAAGGUCUGAUGAUUCAGAAAUCGGAAAUGCAUUGCGUGUUGUUGAUAUGUGGUCGAUAACUACUGCUGCUGUAGGUGAGUCUGGGCGCCUCUCCGAAUGGUUUGACACCUCGCACGUAGCGCUGCCAACAGGGUCGCGCUCGGCGGUCAAACUCAUCAUCAUGUACAUCCGUGUGUUUGACUUGUUUCUUGUUCGCUCCAAGAGUACGGCGGGUGCUGCCUUGUGCGUCCCGUUAUGACUUGACCUGUUUUUCAUGUUUUUACGUGUAGUGUGUGCGUGUGCGGGAGCAGAAGUAGGACAAGGACCGGGAGGGAGACUUGGCCCACGGGAGAUACGAUAUGCAUAGACUAUGCAUUCGCGUUUGCACGAAGGAGUGUUUUUUUUUUUUCCCGUUGUUUUCCCGUUGUUGCGAAGUCGUGUGGGUUUGAGUUUGCUUUUCCUCGGCCUUUUUGCUUGCGUGCGUAGACGCAGUAGAGAAAAGGGGAGAGAAUGCCACGUGAAAUAAUCUGAUAAUUGAUAUUUUAUCGCAACAUUCUGUCUAAAAUGAUGGCAUGUUCUUUGUCGGCAAGCAGCAUAAAUCACGGACAAUUCGAUCGACGAUUGAACCGCAUGGGUUUCUGCCGUAAGCUGCCGUACCUAUU